UUGGGAGCGCCUGUAGAGGAGCCUUUCUUGAAGGACGACAAUGACAAGGGAAAUUUGGCCCCACAAUGCUCUGAGACAGGAAGGUCUUAUUAAAGGAAAAGAUGACACUUGGAAAUGGGGGACCAGCUUCCAAGGGAGCAGCUCCUCCGUUUGGGAAACUUCCCACCUGCACUUCAGACGCUUACGUUACCACGACACAUCUGGACCCCAGGAGGCACUCAGCCGCCUCAGGGAGCUCUGUCGACGGUGGCUGAGGCCAGAAGCUCGCACCAAGGCUCAAAUCCUGGAGCUCCUGGUUCUAGAACAGUUCUUAAGCAUCUUGCCCGGGGAGAUUCGGACCUGGGUACAGAUCCAUCGCCCAGGGAAUGGUGAGGAGGCUGUGGCCCUGGUAGAGGAGCUGCAGAAAGACCUCGAUGGACCCACACUAAAACUUCCAGGCAUUACCCGGGACCAGGACACUCUCCAGGAGGGGAUGGGCGCUCCAGGAGCAGCACUUUGGCAGACUCCCAAUGACAGCCACUUCUCAGCUGAAAUUUGCCCUAAUCGUCUUACUGAUCCAGUGGUGUCCAAACUCCAGGAGCCGCUGCAUGAUGCUCCUGCCCCUGAGGCUUCUGCCCCUUCCCAAGAAGAGAACCCAAGAAAUCAGCUAAUGGCACUUAUGCUCCUAACAGCCCACCCCCAGGAGUUGGUGAUGUUUGAAGAGGUGUCAGUAUGCUUCACUUCAGAGGAGUGGGCAUGCCUGGGCCCAAUUCAGAGGGCCCUGUACUGGGAUGUGAUGCUGGAGAAUUAUGGAAAUGUGACCUCUUUAGAGUGGGAGACCAUGACUGAGAAUGAAGAAGUGCAAUCAAAAUCCUGUAUAUCUCAGAGAGCAGAUUCUCUAAAAGGAACAUCAAAAAGUCUUCAGGGUAAUGAUCCUCCAGUCCUUCAUGUUCUGGAAGAGUAUGAAUGGCAAGUUCUGUCAAAUCAUUGGGGAAAUAAAACAGGGGAAAAAGAGAUGCUGCAGAAAGUUUCCCUUUUUGGAGGAAGCAGGAAGAAUCAAACCCAGCCAGAAAAACAAAACCAAAAGUGGAAGGAAUAUGGAGAAAACUUAACUUUACUUUCAGCUCUUUCUGAAAAUUUAAUAGCUGCUGAAGAAAAUAAGUUUUAUAAAUGUGAUAUAUGUUGUAAACAUUUCAAUAGAGUCUCCCAUCUGAUAAACCAUCGGAAAAUCCACACUGGUGAGAAACCUUAUAAAUGUAAGGAGUGUGGAAAAGGCUUUAUUCAGCGCUCAAGUCUUCUGAUGCAUUUACGGAACCAUUCUGGGGAGAAACCUUAUAAAUGUAAUGAAUGUGGGAAAGCCUUCUCUCAAAGUGCUUACCUUCUUAAUCACCAGAGAAUCCACACUGGGGAGAAACCUUACAAAUGUAAAGAGUGUGGCAAGGGCUUUUAUAGGCAAUCAGGCCUUAUUAUACAUCUAAGGCGCCAUUCUGGGGAGAGACCUUAUAAAUGUAAUGAGUGUGGGAAAGUAUUUUCUCAGAAUGCCUACCUCAUUGACCACCAGAGGCUUCACAAAGGGGAAGAACCUUAUAAAUGUAACAAGUGUCAGAAAGCAUUCAUUCUGAAGAAGAGCCUCAUUCUCCAUCAGAGAAUUCACUCAGGGGAAAAGCCCUAUAAAUGCAAUGAAUGUGGAAAAACCUUUGCCCAGACCACUUACCUUGUUGACCAUCAGCGACUUCAUAGUGCCGAAAACCCAUACAAAUGUAAAGAAUGUGGGAAAGUUUUCAUUAGGAGCAAAAGCCUUCUUCUACACCAGAGAGUCCACACAGAAAAGAAAACCUUUGGCUGUAAAAAAUGUGGCAAGAUUUUUAAUUCUAAGUCAAGCCUGGUUGACCAUAAGAGGAUGCACAGCAGAGAGAAACCUUAUAAAUGCACUGCAUGUGGGAAGGCUUUCACUCAGAGUGCUUACCUGUUUGACCACCAGAGACUCCACAAUGGAGAGAAACCCUAUGAAUGCAAUGAAUGUGGGAAAGUUUUCAUUCUGAAAAAGAGUCUCAUUUUACACCAGCGGUUCCACACUGGAGAAAAUCUCUAUGAAUGUAAAGACUGUGGCAAAGUCUUUGGUUCUAAUAGAAACCUCAUUGAUCAUGAGAGGCUUCACAAUGGAGAGAAGCCCUAUGAAUGUCGAGAGUGUGGGAAAACCUUUGUUAUGAGCAAAAGUUUCAUGGUCCAUCAGAAACUCCAUACCCAAGAGAAAGCCUACAAAUGUGUGGACUGCGGAAAGGCUUUCAGUUACAAUUCAAGCCUGCUCGUCCAUCGGAGAAUCCACACUGGGGAAAAACCUUUCGAGUGUAUUGAGUGUGGAAGAGCUUUCAGUUCUAAUAGGAACCUCAUUGAACAUAAGAGAAUUCACAGUGGUGAGAAGCCCUAUGAAUGCAAUGAGUGUGGCAAGUGCUUCAUUCUGAAGAAAAGCCUCAUUGGACAUCAGAGGAUCCACACAAGGGAAAAAUCUUACAAAUGCAAUGAGUGUGGGAAAGUUUUCAGUUACCACUCAAACCUUAUAGCCCAUCAGAGAAUCCACACCGGUGAGAAGCCCUAUGCUUGUAACGAGUGUGGAAAAGGCUUUACUUACAAUAGAAAUCUUAUUGAACAUCAAAGAAUUCACAGUGGGGAAAAAACUUAUGAAUGUCACAUUUGUAGAAAGGUUCUUACCUCUAGUAGAAAUCUUAUGGUACAUCAAAGAAUUCACACUGGAGAGAAACCUUAUAAGUGUAAUGAAUGUGGAAAAGACUUUAGUCAGAAUAAGAACCUUGUUGUACACCAGAGGAUGCACACUGGGGAAAAACCAUAUGAAUGUGAAAAAUGUCGAAAGUCUUUUACAUCUAAGAGGAAUUUAGUUGGUCACCAGAGAAUUCACACAGGGGAAAAGCCAUAUGGGUGUAAUGAUUGUAGUAAAGUGUUUAGGCAAAGAAAGAACCUUACUGUACAUCAGAAAAUUCAUACAGAUGAAAAAUUCAGUGAAUGUAGCAAAUCUGAAAAAGAAUUCUCUCAGACUUCAAACCUUCACUGUCAACAAAACCUACAUACUUUGGGAGAAUUCUCUUGGCUCCAGAAUGCGAAUGAGUCCCAGAGAGAGAUUCCGAUGUGUAAAAUGGAAUAA